UUGACAGCCUGCAAGAACAAAUGGGUAGUGAAAGCAGAGACUAGAAGGCUGGAGGAGUUGGAGUUGUCUCCUGGUCCUGCCCCCAGGGCAGAUAAGGCUCUGGUAAAGCAGAUUCUCUGGAUUUACCCCUUUAUUAAAGAGAACAAAAUGCUCUGGCCUUUCAAAAUGGUUACAUUGUCCCUGAGCCUGUUUAAAAAUGGUUACUUUUCCCUCUCCUUGCUUGACGCCUGGGGAUUUUUCCAGAACCUUCACAGUGAGAGGCUGGUGGGACUCCUGGAAGUAAAUCCCAGGGAAGGGUGGGACUCCAGGGGUUUUAACUGUCAGCUUCGGGAGAGUCAUCAGAUUGUAUGGGAUUGCUGGCUCUGAUGGCUGCUUCCAUUCCUGGGUAGCAAGAGGCUGCAGCAUCUCCAGACCUUUUGUCUUUCCAGCUUCAGAUGCCAUUGAGACAGCCCCAGUCCCCUUUCUAGAAACCCAAGAGACAACAUGAGCCGGCAGCUAAACAGAAGCCAGAACUGCUCCUUCAGUGACGUCGAUGAGCUGAUGAAGACGGUGCAGUUGGCUGUCCACAUCCCCACCUUCCUCCUGGGCCUCCUCCUCAACCUGCUGGCCAUCCGAGGCUUCAGCACCUUCCUGAGGAAGAGGAGGUGGCCGGAUUAUGCCGCCACCGCCAUCUACAUGAUCAACCUGGCCAUCUUUGACCUGCUCCUGGUGCUGUCCCUUCCGUUCAAGAUGGCUCUGGCCAACGUGCGGGCCCCCCUUCCUUCCCUCUGUACCUUGGUGGAGUGCUUCUACUUCAUCAGCAUGUACGGGAGUGUCUUCACCAUCUGCUUCAUCAGUCUGGAUAGAUUCUUGGCCAUCCGGUUCCCGUUCCUGGUCAGCCACCUCCGGUCGCCCAGGAAGAUCUUCGGGAUCUGUUGCACCAUCUGGGUCCUGGUGUGGGCCGGGAGCAUCCCUAUCUACAGCUUCCAUGGGAAGAUGGAAAAAUACACGUGCUUCCACAACAUGUCCGAUGGCACCUGGAGCGCCCAGGUCUUCUUUCCCCUUGAGGUGUUUGGCUUCCUCCUUCCCAUGGCUGUCAUGGGUUUCUGUUCCUCCAGGAGCAUUCACAUUCUGGUAGGUCGCCGGGGCCUCACCCAGGACUGGGUCCAGCAGAAGGCCUGCAUCUGGACAAUUGCAGCCAGUCUGGCUGUCUUUGUGGUCUCCUUUCUUCCGGUCCACCUGGGUUUCUUCUUGCAGUUCCUGGUACGGAAUGGCUUCAUCGUGGAGUGCAGAGCUAAGCAGAACAUUAGCUUGUUUUUGCAAUUGUCCAUGUGUUUCUCCAACGUCAACUGCUGCCUAGAUGUCUUCUGCUACUACUUUGUCAUCAAAGAAUUCCGCAUGGACAUCAUGGCCCACCGGCCCUCCAGGGUCCAGCUGGUGCCCCAGGACACCAUGACCAGCAGGGCCUAAGGAGAGAAAGACCCUCCAGGGGAAGGAAACCCCAGCCCCAAAUCCUAGUAGCAGAUAUCCUGUUCCGAGGUUUCUGAUGUAGUGGAUGAAUGUGGCACAUCUCCUGGUGUGCUUUUCCUUUUGGUGCUCCCAGAACACCAUCUUGCUCCCAAGACCAUUCCCCAGCACCCAGGCAACUGGACAUAAAUCACUUGGUAUUUGGGAAUCUCUGAAGGACCCAAGAACCAGGUGAAUUCUUUAUUACUAGGUUCAAAAAGCAUGAGGCAAAAGAAUUGAAGAAAAGAGUGAGGCCAUCUGAGCAAGACUGUUUCCCAGCUCCCCUCAUCCUUCUAGUUAGACUAAAAGAUUCUGGAAAGGAAGAAAGAGGAAUGAGGAGAGAGAACCAAGAGGGUUGGUCAUGGUACGUGGAGGUUUGGGCAGAGAUGGAGCAGUAGGGAUGUAUCAAGCUCCUAUUUUAGUUUGGGAAUCCCAGGGUAGAGUAGACUGGCACCUCCCAGUCCCUUCUCUGGCUCUGGUGGCCAUUAACCUCAUAGCUAGUGGGGGUGAUUGGAGCCGAGCAAGAUUAUACAGAGAGCCCCAAGUUUCCUAUGGGAAAGAAAGGCACAGAAGGCCAGCCAAACCUUCUUGUGUUCACGAGGAGGCUGCAGAAGGAUGAGGGAAGCUGGUGUGAGUCAGGCCGUGGCAAAGAUAUAGAUGCUUCGUGGAAGCAGUGGGGACAGAGUGGAAGGGCAUUGGUGACACCUGGGGCCACAAGGGACUAGGACACACCUGGGGAAGGAAAGAAACAGGCCAAGGGCUGGAAGUGGACAGCCACCCCCCCCCCCCCCCCGCUGCUAUCAUGGUGUCCAUUACAUGGAGCUCUAGCACUGGCCUUGGGGGGAGAGAGGCCGUGGAGACAAGGCUAGGAGAGGGGGAAAUUCCUGAACGUGACCAACUUGCUAUCUUGAAUAGACUGGGAGAUGGUCCAUUAGACUGUUUCACUGAGAACGAUGAGAAAGAAUCAGGCUUGAUUUGGUUCAGCCAGAGGAGGAUAAAGACCAUGUGCUCGUCUUGCCCGCCUGAGUCCUGUCUGAGCGCUGGCCUGGUGACACUGGCCACAGAACUGUCCCUCUCCAGGGACCGGGAGGGAGAGAAUGAGCCAGCCAGGGUUUGGAGGAACCAUCUCGAUGACACAGAGCUCCUGGCAGUUCCUCGUUGGAGACUGUAAACAAUUGAAUCACGGUUUGGUCUGGGCUUCUCUGAUGAUCUUGAGGAGGAGCUGUGGUGACAGCUGAAAAGCCUUCUGAUGACUCAAGCUGCUCCAGAGAGUAAAAUGAUUACAAGGAUCAAUUGUGGGGUGGUUUUGCAAGACGGAGUGAGUGGGAUGACAUGUAAGAGAUAAGACUUCAUGUGAAAAGAAGCGGGGGGGGAUGGUCUUUGGGAAGAAAAGAACCACUGUCUACCUGUAGGGAGGGAGGCUUCCACCCCCAUGUCAUGGACAGAAGGUAGGGUGGCUGCGUGGUGGGGAACGGGGUGGUUUAGAUAAAACCCUGACGGAGGAGGAGGAGGAGAUUGGGCGAUUACCCCAGGCUUGCAGCCACAGGGCCCUGUGAAGCGGUGGGCGGAUGGGGAGGAAGGAUGGAGGGCAGAGCUGCUUCCUGCUUGAGAAUCCCCAGCUCCACCCAGAGCCAUCCAAGGGCAGGAGCCCCUCUACCUCUGUUUCUGCCACAGCCAACUCAGCGGUCGGGUGGAGGUGAGGGUGAGGAAGCAAGUGUCGAUGCAGGGGUGGAAAUGGGUGCGGAGGAGUGAUCCCAACCAGGAUCAGAGGCUCCCACCCCACAGACUGGGCCUUCAAGGAGCCAGCAGCCUUCUGGCCCCUAGAACAGUGAGAAAGUCCUGUUGUUAAAGUCUAUGGUAUUUGUCACGACAGCCCACGAAGACCAAUAUGACAGCCAUCUCCUGCUGACCCAGGAGCCACCUCCCAUCUGGGCUGUGUCCUUAGAGGGGCAGGACUGACCUUACUUUGGGACAGCGCCUCCCCACCCCCAACCCCGGGGACAAGCUAGUGCACAAGCUGCGCCUUCCUCUUGAAUCCCUCUCUGGGACCCUGUGAGGCUGAAAGUCAGUAUAUUAAUGCUUUACAUUGGCUAUGGGUUCUGAUGACAUUUGCAAUAGGAAUACAACAGCCUUGUCGCAAGUUGCCACAAAUAAACACUAAUUGCAAAGAUGCUUGAAGUGGCUGAGGGCUGGCAGGUAACUGUGGAGACCAGAGGCUAAAGGGGAGCCUGCUAUGCGGGGCGGUCUCCAGGUAAGGACACAGGCAGGAGAUGGUGGAGACCCCCCACGGAGCCGCCGACCCUAGUGAUGUGGACAGUGCCCUCGGGGCCAAGGGAAGGCAGCUGAGGCCACCAUGAGAGCCCCGCUGCUGAGGGCAAGCAGGGGACCUCAAGACCCAUAAGAGUGGAACUUUGGGGGGGAAGCACCCCCUGCAACUACCAUCGUGGCCCCCUCUCGCUUUUCUCCACCCGCAGCCGGCCUCCCUCGUGCAUCUCCCCGGGAUGCACAACCAUGAAGAGGCGUUUGAGGGGAUGUGGGUGGCAGGGCAAGGAGGACCCGUGGAGCUUGAAGUGGAAGGACAAAUGGAUGCCCCUCUGCCCAGCGUGAGCCUGAGCAUCCUGUCCCGGCCAGGAGCCUGCAAGAUGCGUCCUCCUCACAAGGCCACUGCGGGAGGGCCACGUGGCACGUUGAUGGGGAGCACAGGUGACCCGCUGCCCCUUGCAGCCUGGUGAGAUGUGAAGCACUGUCACUUCAGAGCCCGACAUUGGUUCUGCUUGGUGGAGGGGCCCUGAGCUCACCCAGAGCCUCCACCAGCCUUUGUUCUGGGGGCCAUCACUGGAGCCAGCAACCCAGACACCCCACUGUGAGGUUGGGGGGGUGGGGGGCGCCUAUUGUCACGCAAACCCUGCAAAGUGCAUCUGUUCCCCUGCAAGAGACCUCUUCACUGGGGACAGCGGGGAUGAGGCAACCGUGCAGGUGAUGGCGCACAGAUAAGUGUGUGCCCGCUGGCGGCCUGCAGAACUGAGGACAGGGACCCGGCACUCGGCUUGGGCUGAAUGUUGGUGGUCCAGGAUUCAGAGAUGCGGGGUCCAAGCCGAUUCCCAUGGAUGGGGCAUCUGAGACGGAAUGACUCUGCCUUGGGGAACAGACCGUGUCCAGGAACUCCAUGAUCGUGUGGGAGGUCCAGGGUCAAACCACAGCCCCAUCAGGGGAUGGUGGGGCUUCCCCCGAGAGCAGAGAGAGGCCCUAUGAACUACAGGGCGGCACCAGAUCGGUGGGGAGACCUCGCCCUCCCCCCGGCGUGCUGGGCUCUGGGCUCUGGGAACGGCCCCCUCCAGAGGCGGGUUCGAACCCCCUUGCUGUGCUUCACCACCCCCCCCCCCCCGCCGGGUUUGUAAGUCUCAGGCAUGGACUUGAAGUGGCAGCCGGAGCUCUGCUCUCCCUGAGGGAGUCCAGUGUGUGCAGCAGAGCGGAGCGUGGCACGAGGGCAGGAUGGGGGCGCAUGCGGGGAACCCGGCAGGAGGAGACCAGGGAACACCUGGGGAGGAGAACCCGGAAGGAGGAGAACCCAGGCCUGCGCUGAGGACCUCAGAACCACCAGGCAGUAGGUCCCCAUCGGAGAGGGCUUGGGUGCACCUCACCCAGAGGCCCACCCAGAGGACAGUGGCCAUAACGCUGGGUCAGCGGCUCACACCAGCUACUCGGCUGGAUCUGCUCUGGGAGGAGAGGUCGGGGAUGCGUAUGUGGCUGGCCCCAAGAAGGAGAGGCCAAGCCUGUGGCAGGGCGGCGAGCCAGAGGGCAGAGGGCAUUGCCUUGCUCUGGGAAGGAAUGCAAAACGGGCAGGUAGAGAAAGUCCCUGGGAGCAGAGGCAGCUGGGGACGGUGGUCCCUAAGUGUGGAGCCUCUCGAGAAGCCAGACCCAGUGUCUUUGCCUCAAAGUGUCUUGGAGAUGUCCAAGCGCUGUGCUCAGGGCAGAGCCCCACCUCGAGGGGGCAGGCCGAUGGGGGCGGGCUUGGGUGGUGGGCUUUCUCAGCGCUCAACUCCUGGUCCACAGCUUCGGGGAGCUGGACGGUACAGGGGACCAGCCAAAAAGCCACAGUGCCAGUGACGCGUGAAUGAGCGACACUGAUUCCAAGAAGGAGUGCAUGCAGGGCCUCCCAGGGCUCCCACCUCCCUCAGGUAGGGGACUUGGGGCCUGUUAUGGACUCCAUCAAUGUUCACAUCCUCCCCAAAUUUACAUGUUGAGAUCCUCACCUCCAGUAGGAUGGUAUUAGGAAGUGGGGCCUUUUGGGGGUGAUUAGGUCAUGAAGGUGGAGCUCCCGGGAGUGGGAUCAGGGCUUGUAUAAAAAAAGACACCCCAGAGAGCUCCUUGCACGUCCUGCCACGUGACAACACAGCGAGGAAUCACAGUCUGUGAACAGAGUGAGGGCUCUCCCCAGAACCCGACCGUGCGGGCACCCUGAUCUCGGACCUCCAGCCUCCAGAACUGUGGAGAAAUAAAUGCUUGUUGUUGAAUCCCCUGUCUAUGGUGUUAUGUAAUAGCAGCCAGAACUAAGACGGGACCCAAUUUAGCAAUGAGUUGUUUGAGAAAUUGAAGAAAUGUUAUUUACCAAAAUCCCCCUUCAAAAAGGAAAGUAUUUGGGAAAGUCCCUGGGGCUCAAAGUGGGAGCAGCUGUUCCAAGAAAGAAUCGAUUACUUCAGAAAGGGAGGAAGGAGGAAGGGAGACCAGAGGGUCAGGGAGCAGGAAAGACCUAGAAGGAUGGCAGAGGGCAUGUGUGACCUGGAAAAUCUUCCCUGGAAGUGAUGGGGUGUCGUGCAGGGCCCAGCAUGAGCAGAUGUGCAAACGGGGGGACAGGAGGCUUGGCAGCCGGCAGCCUGGGGCAGCACCUGGGAAAGAAAGGUGGAAGCUUGUCAGCCAUGGAGCAUGUGGUCAUCACGGCAGGGGGAGGGGUGCUCUGUUCUCCCUGCAAGGCUGUGACACUGGGGUCCCAGUCAGGCUUAUCCAAGGGGUCACCCUGUGGGGGUUGAAGGUGGCUUGGUGCCUGUGGGAUCAGAGCAGGGCACGGCCACCCCCAUGGGCUGAAGGCUGGACUCCCCAGCACUACCUCCUUCCCGUGGCUGAAACUGGCCACAGCCCUGAGCCACACUCAACCCCGGGCUCCCAAGGCUGGGAGAAGGAGGAAAGCUCAGGAGCUGGGUCAAAAGGUCAAGGCUGACUGCUUGCUUCAACCCUGACCCUAUAGGCCCAUGGCCCAGUCACCCCGCGCAGUGUGCCAUGCUCCUGCUGUGCCUAGGACGCAACAACCCAUGGGAAAUGUCCGGCACUGGCAAGGACUCCAUAAGUAGAAUCAAUUUAGAAUUAUAAUUGAAGGGGAUCCCUGGGUGGCUCAGUGGUUUAGCGCCUGCCUUUGGCCUGGGGUGCGAUCCUGGAGUCCCGGGAUCGAGUCCCACAUCAGGCUCCCGGCAUGGAGCCUGCUUCUCCCUCCUCCUGUCUCUGUGCCCCCCUCUCUCUCUGUCUAUCAUAAAUAAAUAAAUAAAUAAAUCUUUAAAAAAAAAAAAAAGAAUUAUAAUUGAAAUUACUUUGAAUUAGAAUGAAAUUAGAAUUGUGGUGAGUUCCCUUAAAAAAGAAAAAAGGAAAGAAAGAAAAAGAAGUUGUGGCUAGUUGCUGUCUAUGUAGGUCACAGGUCUCUGAUCAACUUUGUGUCAUGGGUUCCUCCUGCAGUCUGGAGAGGUUUGUGGGCUUCCCCCAGGAUAACAGAUUUGUGGGUUUUUUGUUUUUUGUUGUUUUUCAAAGAUUUAUUUAUUUAUUUUAGAGAGAGAGAGAGAGAGA